AAACUUCAUUUGCCGGGAAGAAUGUCCCUGCGGCGUGGCGCAAACUGGUGGCGCUCCUUGGAACCACGUAGGCGGAGAUCCGGCCGGCAGCCGCUGUAAUGAGGGAGGGGGGAGGGAGAAGAAUGGAGUGUAAAAGGGACAGAAUAACGGGGGUAGAGGGAGGCAGGCUGAGGCGGGCGAUGACACCGCGUCUCACCUUUGAAUAUAUAUACUGUAUAGAAGUCGCCAGCCCAGGUUAAAAUUUCUAAUACGGUUUUGAGGUAGUUGGUUAAUUCACCGCCGCAAUCGCCACCAUCUCUAGGGCAUCGACUUGUGGUGGUCCCUAGCGGACAAGUCUCGAACUCUUCAAACACCCCUUCCCCCUCCUGUUGAACGACGUUGAGCUGCAGUGAAUGAUGGAUGAGGGGAGCGGGGAAUGACAGCGGGCGACAGCACUGCGCUCUAACGUGUAAAUAACAACUAAGACGAUACAGGGCGUUACGGCAGCGCACUGCAGCGGUGAAGUUCCCAAGCUGCUCAUCAUAAGCUUCUGAAAAACGUAGAGUAAAUCCUAUCCACUCGCGACUUCUAUACAGUAUAUAUAUUCAAAGGUCUCACUGUCAGACAAGGCUACGCUCUGUAGUGGAUGGAGGCUAUCGUCGCUCAAGCAAGGAAUAGGUUUUCGUGGAGAAAAAUUCGUGUAGCGAAAUUAUUUUUAAUUGUUACAUUUUUGAUAGAAGUUAAAUACCAACACGAUGCCGAAAAAUACACCAUUCAGCAAGAUCCGUAAAAGAACUAAACGGUCGAAGUGCAUAAGAAGACUGAAGGAAAAAUACAAAGAAUUUGUUAAUGCUGGUUUCAACUCUGUGGAAAGGACAUCUUCCAGUUUAACAGAUUAUGCUCCUGCUGCUGCUACACAGAUGGAAACGUCUGCCUACGUACCACCUGUAUGCCAGGGCGAUCACGACACCACCAGCGGUAACGUCCAAAAUAUAACCGACGAGGAUAUUUCUGGAUUGGAUUGCUCAUUCUUGCCAAGUGAAGAAGUAUCGAAUGUUGAAAUUCUUCCAAAUGAAACUGCUGAAACUGUGACAAUGAAAGAAAAAAUCGUUCAAGGACGUCGUUUUGUAAAUAUGAGUCACAUGUUAAACCAACUCACAUCUUUAGCUACUCAUGUGCUACAGUGCACAACAGGUCGCUUUGAACUUCAGUCCGAAAAAAGAAUUGGCAUUGUCAGCUACUUCACUUAUAAAUGCAUGAUGUGUGAAAAAACAAGGAUAAUUUCAACGGAAAAAGAAGAAGAGGAAUUAAAUGAUUUAUUUGUGUGGGGAUCAUUAUCAGUUGGGAUUGGACACCAACAAGUAGAAGAAAUGAUGGCAGUAAUGGAAGUCCCUGUAAUGAGUAAACGGAAAUGGACGAGACAUGAACAGCGAGUUGAAAAGGCAUGGGAAGACAAACUGGAAAAAUACAUGCUUGCUAAUGGAGUCCAAGAACGUGAAAUCGCUCUAAAGAAGGGCAACAUAGAUGAAGAUGGAAUCCCUUACAUUACAGUCUAUCAAGAUGGCGGUUGGUGUACAAGAUCAUACGGCCAUGGUUUUACUGCAAAAUCAGGAGUUGCUUGCAUAAUUGGAGCCGAAACUAAUGGUUUGCUGUACGUUGGAAUACGCAACAAGUAUUGUUAUAUAUGUAACAACCAAGAAAAACCAGGCAGCAAAUCCAGGCCACAUAAAUGCUACAAAAAUUAUAAAGGAACUUCAACAGGAAUGGAACAAGAAAUUAUUGUACAAGGUUUUAAAGAAAGAGAAUCGAUGCAUGGGGUACGUUAUUUGUACAUUAUCAGUGACGGUGAUUCAAGUUCGUAUCUGAAGAUUCAGCGAGGUGUUUCAUAUGGUAGACAUGUAGUGAAAUUGGAAUGUGCCAACCAUAUGAUAAGAAACUACACUAGCAAACUACAUGCCAUUACCAAGGAUACCACUCACGUCAUCACUGCAAGGCGUCAAUUGUCCCAGUUAAUUCCUCGAUUGACGAGAGGGGCACGAGCAGCUAUUGCUUCUGCAAAUAAAGAGUGCAAUAGUACUAUGCUGCAAAAAGAUUUGAAGAAUGGUACUUACCACGUAUUUGGCGAUCACGAGAAUUGUCGAGACACAUUUUGUGUCAGGAAAGGUACGGGCGAGCUAAACAAUGUUCCAAUUAUGUCUGCAACAACUAUAUGGCCAGCUAUAAUGAAAGCACUAGACCCACUCAUUACCAAGGCUGACAAGUUGUUAGGUAAUAAAACAACUAACCAAGCAGAACGCUUCAUGAGUUUGAUUUCAAAAUUUUCCGGUGGCAAACGGACAGAUGUCUCAAAAAGUGGUCGGUACAAAAGGUGCUGCUUGGGUGCUAGUCUGUCACACAUCAAAGGUCCGAACUGGCACCUUUCACCAGUAAAAACUCUAUUAGGUCGUAGCCCAGGUUCAGUGACAAAGCGAGUUUUAAAUGCACGCGCGACAGCUGUUGAAAGGAAUCGCAAAAGAAGGUUAUCUGACAGUCGUAGAUCUGCCAAAAGAAAAUGUGUAUUUUCUCAGCCAGAUUGUGACUAUGGACCCGAAGCUGCCCAACCCGAUAUUUCUACAGAGGAAAUGGAGAGAAAGAAAACGAAGGUCUUGAAGCGGCUCGAAAGUUCAGUUUCUUCCGAACAUCUGUGUCAUGAACUGGAGAGAAAUACGGUCGGCCAACAUUGUAAUGUUGUUUGGAGGGAAGCAAGACUAAACAGACUGACUGCAUCGUCAUUCUCUAAAGUUUGCAAAAUGAGAUGUGACACAUCUUGCCACAAUAUGGUGGUUUCAAUAGUGAACCCCAAGGAUAUCAACACAGGCGCAAUACGGCACGGACGUAUGCAUGAAAGUACCGCAAUUAAAGCUUACGAAAAUAAGUUCCAAAAAAAAGUGUCCCCUUGUGGACUUUUUGUUCACCCAUCGUACCCUUAUCUUGGAGCAAGUCCGGAUGGAACAGUUGAGAACGACACUAUCAUUGAAGUUAAAUGUUUCCCUUCCAUCAACAACCUUAAAGUUAACAAUUCUCCUGUAAAAUCUAUACGAGAGGCUUCCAAAGUAAAAAACAUAGGUGUUCACACUAACAGUGAAGACAUGUUGGAACUGAAAAGAACACAUCCUUUUUUAUACCAAAUUCAAGGACAAUUGAAUAUUUCGAAAAGGAAGCAGUGUGUGCUGAUUUUAUUUUGUGACUUUGAUACCGAAUUCGUCCACGUUCAGUGCGACGAGACCUUUUGGAAAAAAGACAUGCUUCCGAAGUUAGAACGGUUUUACUUUAACUGUGUUCUUCCUGAGAUUGUUGACCCGAGGAAUGUUCGUGGACUGAAAUGCAGAGAUCCUGAAUACAUAGAAGAAGCAAAGUCAAAGAAACUUAACAAAGAAGUGAAGACAUUUUAA